GACGCCGUGUCAUAAAGUCACCACGGCAUCGAAGAUUCGUUUGAUCUCCUCCGGAGGAAUUUAAUUUGACGGAGACGGCGGUGGAAGCCCCACCCACGGACACCGGCGGGUCGCCAGGUGGCGAGGCGAGGAGAUGCGCGCGCGAGGUACACGGGAGGACGCCGAAGAAUCCUACCUGAGCUUCACCCCCUCCGAACACGCGGCGCAGUCCUGUCAACGAAACAUUUCCAGAAUUGAUCCCACCUUCCCCUCCCUGAUCCCAUAACUUUUCUAAUCCGUUCUCUGGACCGUCCCGCCGAGGAAAAAAUGGCAGCCGAGUCAGUCGUCGUCGGUCGCCGGAGUGAGUGCGAGGUAGAGGGUGCCGCCCACCCCUACACGUGGCCGGAAGUACGCCAGUGAUGACAGUCGGACCGGAAGUGCUGUGACAGUGGACGGUAAAGAUGGACGGAUGAUGGACGAAGACUGCUCCCUCAGACCGGGCGCUACAGACUUCUCGAUAGCCGCUAUCAUGGCCCGCCAGGACCUGCCCCAGAGGCCUAAGAAGUCCGGGAAGAGAGAGGAGGACGCCGCUGGAUCAGAUGGUGCGGUGUGCCGAAGACGGCGUGAUAGUCCAGUCCUUGGCAGGCGAAGAGAUCGUGACACUCCCCCGGAGAUCUCGUCCUCGACCCCAGGAGAGGACCCGAUAUCUUCCUCCCCCAACCCCGCACUGCAGGAACGCUUUAACUGUGAGGAGCUGAGGCACGUUACCUGCCAUCUGGAGACGAAAGAGCUCUGGGACAAAUUCAAUGACUUGGGCACCGAGAUGAUCAUCACCAAGACUGGGAGGAGAAUGUUCCCCACCCUGAGGGUAUCUUUCACGGGUCUCCGUCCAGAUCAGAGGUAUGCUGUGCUGAUGGAUGUCGUCCCCGUGGACAACAAAAGGUACCGGUACACCUACCACCGCUCCUCAUGGCUGGUGGCUGGUAAGGCUGACCCUCCCGCACCCUGCAGACUCUACAUGCACCCUGACUCUCCCUUCACCGGGGAGCAGCUCCGGAAGCAAGUCGUCUCCUUCGAGAAGGUCAAACUCACCAACAACGAGAUGGACAAGAAUGGCCAUCUGGUGCUCAACUCCAUGCACAAAUACCAGCCAAGGAUACACCUGGUGAAGAGGCGGGAGAACAGCGUUUCUGCGCCCAUCACGGAUCUGGAAUUGGAGGAGUACAAGACCUUCAUCUACCCGGAGUCGAUAUUCACCGCCGUCACUGCCUACCAAAAUCAGCUGAUAACAAAGCUGAAGAUAGACAGUAAUCCCUUCGCGAAAGGAUUCAGGGACUCGUCGCGUCUCACUGACUUCGAGAGUCUGUAUUCCAGGGAGACGAUGGAGUCCAUGCUGAGCGAGCAGCACUUUCUGCGCUCGCCUCUCCUGGAGAACGGCAACCUGACGCUGGAGGAGAGGGCUAUGUUCGCGGCUCGCUUCCAGUUGUCUCUACGGGCAGCGGCGGCGGAGGUGGCGGCGGGGCCUUACGGCGCUCUGGGGCCCAUGUACGGGGCCCUGUACGGCGCGAGCAGCAGCGGGGCCCCCAACCCUCUCUGGAGCCAGUGGGCCUGCCUGGGCCCCACCCUUCUGGCCCAGCAGCAGCUAGCAGCAGCCAACCCUGCACUGCUGAGGCCGUUAUACCCCCGCCUCACUCAGAGCCGCUUCACCCCUUACACCGUGCCUCCGCUCACCAAACCCUCCCCCGGCAGCUCCCCCGAUAGCGCCAGGGAGGACCGUCAGAGCCCUCAGAGUCCGCCGGCGUCGUCGCCCUUCACCUCUUCAGCGACUUCGCCCAACAGCCCUUAGACUUUUCUCAAUCGCUUAUGUGACAAUGGUGCUUACAAGUGUGUGAAUUGUGGUCCCGUGGAACUUUAUAAGUGGGUGAUAAUCAAGUACAAUUUUACAAAGAGGUUUGAUUACGACCCAAAAAAGAACAAAGGUUUUUUGGCGGAGGUGUGCUAUUGUUGUUUAACAGAGUUUUUAAGAAACAAGUUUCGAUGAGCGUUUGUUUAGAUGUAUAGAAUAAAAUGGUAAAAUCAUUAAAGACGUUUAAUAAAACUGCUUUAUUUAUUCUAAAAUAUUAUUCUGAGUCCAGUUUUAAAUAUUGUGAUACCUUAUUUUACUUCUAUAGAUUUCAUUGUAAAAACAAAGUAUUUAUCAAAUAUUUAAGAUAAUACUGUGUUACUACUACUUAAUUAUUGUUCUCAUUAUUUAUAUUUUUCUUAUUCUAAAAUAUUAUUGUCAGAUAACGAUAUUUUAUUUAUUUUUUUGCUUUGAUAGGAAACCUCCAAUGAUCACAAUUAACUACUUACAUUAAUAAUUAAUCUAUAAAACUAAUAUUUUAAUGUAUAUUAUUAAUUGUAUUUCAAUAUAGUUUUUAUCAAUAUUAUUUAUAUUUUAUAAAACUAAAAAAUACACAAAAAUCCUAACUGGUUUUUCAUUGAUAUUGUAUUUGACUUGUUUUUGCAUUUUAAUUUUUUAAUUACCCAACUUAGUAUCCUUAAUAUUCUUCUCGUUAUAAUAAUUGGUCACAUUAUAUUACACCGCAAUUAAAUGUUACAAUCUAAAGGGACUAAUUUAGAAUAUUCACAGCGUGUAUAUAGUCGAGCCUCGCCAUGUAAUGCAGGUUAGCCAGUUUAUACAUAUUUAAUUAAGAUUUCGCCUGGACUCAUGAAUAAAUUACGGAGUUAAAUUAACUUAGCUUAGUCAGUGACAUUAGUUAUGUUUCAGUGCGGGACAUGAAAAUGGGUUACGUAUCUUCAUUAUAACCUAUACUUUUAAUAAUUUCAUUGAUAAUUUCCUUGCCUGAACCUAGCUUUAAUUACUGCAAUGUAUUAUGCGUAGGCGGUGCCCUACACGCAUUAAACUGUUGUAAAUAUUGUAAAUGUGGUAUGGUUUAUGAACAGUAAGGAUAUAUUUAGCUGAAAACAUUUAUAAUUAGUCAAAUUGCUUAGUGCAAUAAAGAAAUCUGAAUUGUCCUGUCUCAAAAAUAUUUACUGUUGCUUACGGAUCCUUUAAAUUAUUCAAAAAGUUUUUAUUUGUUACAUAAUUAAAUAAUGGUAAUUUGGAAAACAUUCUGCAGAAAAAAUAAAUACUAACUAACCUUUCUAAUUCAAAGUUAAAUUAUCCAGAUCAUGAGUAACUCAUUUGUAAUUUUUAUACGAAUAUUUGAAAGUGAAUUCCUUACGUUCAGCAAACCCGACAACUGUUAAAAUUUCUAUUUUUUUAUUUCAAAUUUGAUACUUAAUUUAAUAAAUAAUUGUGAUAAAUGACAUUAGAGUUUAAAACACACACAACACAAUUAUAAUAGUUAAUUGUUGCUCUAGAAAUGUAAACAAGGGCACACUUUAAAAACCCCACAAUUAGAACCCCACGAACCCGCGGUAUAUCCUUACUGUUUAUCAUGUAAAGUUACGUUGCAUAGAAUAGAUCUGUACAUUAUUUAUUUAUAUUUGGGUGAGAACAAAUCAAAUAUCAUUCUAUUACCAUCUACUUCAGUAUUAAGUAUUGCGAAUAAAAGAUCCUAUUUAAA